CUCCUCCCCUGCCCGGCGCGGCGCGGUGCGUGAACGCGUUCCCCCUCUCGGGCACCCGCCGUCUCCAGUCCGCCAGCGGAUCGCCGUCGUGCUCCCAGCGGAAGAUGGCGGUGGGGAUGCUGUCCGGGGCCGCAGCUCGGUGCGGGAUCUGCACGGGAAGCGAGCCCGGAUGGAUAUAGAGGGAGAGAGCGAACGCAUCCCCAUGUCUUCUCCUGCAAGCGUGGACCGCGCUGCGCCGCUUUAACGAGACUCCGCUGGCUUUUCCGUCGUCGCGGAGCCGCAGACCGAACGCUGGUACUGUAGCUCGGCGCACAUAGACGGGGGUGGGAGAGAAAAGUGGACGAAAAUGUCGGACACCAAGGUAAAAGUUGCGGUGAGAGUUCGGCCCAUGAACCGCAGGGAAAUCGAGCUGAACACAAAAUGCGUCGUGGACAUGGAGGAAAACCAGACGGUGCUGCAGCCGCCACCCUCCAACGCGAAGGGCGAGAGCAGCAGGAAACAACCUAAGGUGUUUGCUUUUGACCACUGUUUCUGGUCCAUGGAUGAGUCCAACGUUCCCAAAUAUGCUGGUCAAGAGGUGGUGUUCAAGUGCCUUGGAGAGGGAAUACUUGAAAAUGCAUUCCAGGGAUAUAAUGCCUGCAUAUUUGCCUAUGGACAAACAGGUUCAGGCAAGUCGUUUUCCAUGAUGGGGAACGGGGAGCAGCCGGGUUUGAUCCCUCGACUUUGCUGCUCGCUGUUCGAGAGGGUCCACAGGGAGGAGAACGAGGCCCAUACGUUCAAGGUGGAGGUGUCCUACAUGGAAAUAUACAACGAGAAGGUCCGCGAUCUGCUGGAUCCUAAGGGGAGCCGACAGUCCUUAAAGGUUCGAGAACACAAGGUCCUGGGUCCGUACGUGGAUGGCCUGUCUCAGCUGGCUGUGACCAGCUUUGAGGACAUCGAAGUGUUAAUGUCAGAGGGAAACAAGUCACGCACAGUUGCAGCCACCAACAUGAACGAGGAGAGCAGUCGAUCACACGCUGUGUUCAGCAUCAUUGUCACACAAACACUGUAUGAUCUGCAGUCUGGGAAUUCUGGGGAGAAAGUGAGCAAGAUGAGCCUGGUUGAUCUGGCAGGAAGUGAGCGCGUGUCUAAGACCGGCGCUGCUGGAGAGAGGCUCAAAGAGGGCAGCAACAUAAACAAAUCUCUUACUACAUUGGGCUGUGUGAUCUCCGCUCUGGCUGAUCAGUCUGCAGGAAAGGGGAAGGCCAAGUUUGUGCCUUACAGGGACUCGGUCCUCACCUGGCUACUAAAGGACAACCUUGGUGGAAACAGCAAGACUGCCAUGAUCGCCACAGUGAGUCCAGCCGCCGACAACUAUGAAGAGACUCUGUCCACGCUACGAUACGCAGACAGGGCCAAGAGAAUUGUCAACCACGCGGUGGUGAAUGAGGACCCCAACGCUCGCAUCAUCCGAGAGCUCAGGGAAGAGGUGGAGAAGCUGAAGGUUCAGCUCUCUCAGGCAGAGUCCAUGAAGGCACCGGAGCUGAAGGAGAAGCUGCAGGAGUCUGAGAAACUCAUUCAGGAGAUGACCGUCACCUGGGAGGAGAAGCUCAGGAAGACGGAGGAGAUCGCCACCGAGCGCCAGAAGCAGCUGGAGAGCAUGGGCAUCUCUCUGGAAACGUCUGGGAUUAAAGUUGGUGAGGACAAGUGUUUCCUGGUGAAUCUGAACGCUGAUCCUGCCCUAAACGAGCUGCUGGUCUACUACCUGAAGGAGCACACGCGUGUGGGCGCAGACACGUCUCAGGACAUCCAGCUUUUUGGGAUCGGGAUUCAGUCGGAGCACUGUGUGCUGGAGCUGUGUCCGGAUGGUGAUGUCACCUUAAUGCCCAUAGGCAAUGCCAGGACCUGUGUGAAUGGAACGAUGGUUGACUCGCUGGCGCACCUCUGGCAUGGAGACCGCAUCCUAUGGGGCAACAACCACUUCUUCAGGAUUAAUCUGCCAAAGCGAAAGCGGCGGGACCGUUUGAAGGAGCUGGAGCGAGCGUCGCCCAGGGAAAGCUUUGUGGAGACAGAUGUGGAGACGGCCAGCGAGGCUUCUUCUGAGCAGGACUACAGCUAUGAGUUUGCCCAGAUGGAGGUGAUAAUGAAGACCCUGGGGAACAAUGACCCAAUGCAGAACGUUGUCCAAGUGCUGGAGAAGCAGUACCUGGAGGAGAAGCGCACAGCUCUGGAGGAGCAGAGGAUGAUGUACGAGCGAGAGCUGGAGACGCUACGUCAGCAGCUGUCUCCUGAGAAAACGGCACCGCGCGGCGGCGGCGGCAGCGGCGACCACCUCACGUUCCCGACGCACACGCCGCACAGCAAGCUGCGCCUGUGGACCGAGGAGAGGGACGAGCUUUUUCGUCAGAGCCUCUCUCGCCUCAGGGAGCAGAUCAUGAGGGCCAACACCUUGGUGCGAGAGGCCAACUUUUUAGCAGAAGAGAUGAACAAGCUGACUGACUAUCAGGUCACCCUCCAGAUUCCUGCCGCCAACCUCAGUGCCAACCGCAAGCGCGGAGCUAUAGUGAGCGAGCCAGCCAUCCAGGUGCGGAGGAAGAGGAAGGGAACCCAGGUGUGGACCAUUGAGAAGCUGGAGAACAAACUAGUGGACAUGAGGGACCACUACAGGGACUGGAAGGAAGGCACCGAGGAGGCGUGCAACAAAGCAAACGGCAAGAUCUGCGAUCCGUUCUAUGAGGCGCAAGAGAACCACAACCUGAUAGGAGUGGCCAACAUCUUCCUAGAGAGCCUGUUCCAUGACGUCAAGCUGCAGUAUGCCGUCCCCAUCAUCAGCCAGCAGGGAGAGGUAGCAGGCAGGCUGCACGUGGAGCUGAUGCGGGUCAGUGGAGCGGUGCCCGAGCGUCUGUCCUGUGGAGACGACUCGUCGGAAAACUCCAGUGAGAGCAGCUGCUAUGAGGUGAUGGACACCAACGGGGAGAUCGUCCACAUGUCCAAGAGGCUCACGUGCAGGGUACGGGUCCGGGAGGCCACGGGUUUGCCACUCAACCUGUCCAACUUCGUCUUCUGUCAGUACACCUUCUGGGAGCACGGGGAGCCCACGGUGGCCCCUCCCAUGGUCAGCCCAGACAGGCCGUCCCCUCGCAGCCCAGACGCCCAGUUCACUGUACAGUUCAAUCACUGCAAGGACUAUGUUGUGCAGGUCACAGAUGAUUUUUUAGAGUUCAUAUCAGACGGGGCCUUGGCCAUAGAAGUCUGGGGUCACCGCUGUGCUGUCAACGGACGUUCCCUUUGGGAAGUAGACGCGCUGGAGGCCAAGACGCAGACGCUUCGAGACAGGUGGAGUGAGGUAACCCGCAGCAUCGAGCUGUGGAUCUCCAUCCAGGAGCUGAAUGAACAGGGAGAGUACUCGUCUGUGGAGCUGCAUUCUGGAAAAGAUAUCAGCACGGGAGGAGUCUUCCAGCUUCGACAGGGUCACUCCAGGAGGCUGCAGGUGUGCGUGAAGCCUGUCCAACACUCUGGCACGCUGCCUCUGCUGGUGGAAGCUCUGCUGUCUGUCUCCAUCGGCUGCGUGUCCGUUCGGUCCGCGAAGCUGCAGAGGCCGCUGGACAGCUACCAGAGAGAGGCGGAGGACGAUAUGGAUAGUUAUCAGGAGGAGGAUCUUAACUGCGUGCGAGAGCGCUGGUCCGAGGCCCUGAUCAAACGCCGGGAGUACCUCGAUGAGCAGAUCAAGAAAAUCAUCAACAAACACGAAAAGUCAGAGGAGGACGUUGAGCGGGAGGCGCGGCUGGUGGAGCAGUGGGUUGGACUGACCGAGGAGAGGAACGCGGUGCUGGUGCCCGCCCCCGGCAGCGGCAUACCUGGAGCUCCUGCAGACUGGACGCCUCCUGCAGGAAUGGAAGCUCACGUCCCCGUGCUUUUCCUGGAUUUGAAUGCGGAUAAUCUGACAGUGAAUGAGCAGCUGAGUGGUCCACAUGCUGCUGGUGUUAACUCCAUCCUGCCCAAGGAGCAUGGAAGCCAGUUCUUCUACCUACCCAUCAUCAGGCACAGCGAUGAAGAGGUGUCGGCCGUGUGCUCGUGGGACUCAUCCAUUCAUGAUUCUGUGCACCUCAACCGGGUCACGUCCCCUAACGAACGCAUCUACCUGAUCAUCAAAGCCACGGUGCAGCUCAGCCACCCGGCCUCCAUGGAGCUGGUGCUCCGCAAGAGGAUCGCUGUCAACGUCUACAACAAGCAGAGUUUCACCCAGAGUCUCAAGCGAAGAAUGUCCUUAAAGAACACGCUUUACUCGUGUGGCGUGACUUAUGAGAUUGUGUCCAACAUACCAAAGGCUUCAGAGGAGCCCGAGGAGAGGGAAACCUUGGCUCUCAUGGCCGCUCGCGGGGACAGCGAGGAGACGCCGGACGGGGAAACCUACAUAGAGAAAUACAUCCGAGGAGUUCUGGAGGUGGAGAACAUCCUCAGCCUGGAGAGGCUGCGGCAGGCCGUGACAGUCAAGGAAGCGCUUACCGCCAAGGGAAGACACCUCAGACGGAGCAUCAGCACACCAAAUGUACAGCAUUCUUCAUGCAGUAAGGCAGACCUGACUGGUUGUGAGGAUGAAGACUGUAAGGACCACUGUGAUCAUGCAGACGGCUCAAACUGCAACCCACAGGACGGCUCCCUUUGCACUACGCCGAUCAAAGGCAAGGAGAACCAAGGUUUGGUUCCAGAGAGCCCCACGUUCUUCAACUCCAGCCCCUUCAAAGUUCUGUCCCCUCAGCCACCAAAGUUCCUCAAGUCUCUGCUGCCGGUCAGAGAAGAGAACAAGGCAAAGAGGUCGCUGGAGGCCCGACCGCUGCUGGGACAGGAGAGCAUGCGCUCAUGUGUGGAAAGCCCUGCACUGCUCCCCCCUCCCUGCCCCUGGCGCCGGCCCAGGGCAGGCAGCGAGGGCCACUGCAAGCCUUCCACUCCCACCUCCACCCCCACCUGCACCCCCACCAGCAGACAGCUCUGCCACACACUGCCACACGGUGCUCAGGACUCUGAGGACGAGGCUGAAGUGACUCUGCCUCCAGAGCGUGGCCCUCAGGAGCACGGCGACUUUCAGCCUUACAUCCCAGAGGACUUCGCCAACUUCGAGAUCUACAACGCGACUCUGGAGAGCCAGGAGGGGUUCCUGUCCUCCCGUUCUGACUUCAAGAGAAGCCGGUGCGGCGGUGGGGGCGGCGAGAGGGAGCUGCCCAGAAGCCCCACGGCCAGCAGCUGCACCAGCGGCUACUUUUCACACAGUGCCUCCAACGCCACGCUGUCCGACCUGCCCUUCAGCGCCAGCGAGAGCUCGGAUCGCCUGAGCUGCGCGUCCAGAGACCCCCACGACCACGGCAGCUGCCCUGCUGCAAAGGGCUGCGCCCAAACCAAAAGUGUGUCGGCAGGAAGUGACGCUCAGCAGUCUCCUCUCUCAGCAGCUGCGGCCCCCCGUCCCACGUCACCUGUCAGUAUUCCUGACUGCAAGGACACGCAGGAAACAUUCCCUCUGCCCAGCAACUGUGUUCUCAGCACUAGCCAGGAGUUCACCGACUUUAAAGGGGCUGAUGACAGUAUUGGAGAGAGUGAUUUAGGACAUUUUACACAGGAAUGGGAGAAGGGCGGUUUGGAGAGGAAUCCAGACAAUGUAGAAGGGUGUGACGCUGGCAAUCAACACUCCUCCCACAACGUAUCUUCUCCCAAAAAGGCCUCCACUGCUUCAUGCAAAUGUCUUAAUAGUGAAGAGCCUGUUGUGGUACCUGUUUCCUGCCCUAACACAGCUGUAGUUUCAGCCCGAGCCCCGGUGGCAGCGCCUGACAAAGCUCCAUCGACCGCUCUAAUAAGUCCACCCGCAUCAGGACCCUUGGUGUCACCAUCCACCAUCAGCGCUUCGUCUCCAGCUCCAGUUCUCCUGCGGGCAGGUGGAGAUCCUCCAAUCCAGGAGCCAGCACAGGGAGAUCUGCCUCACGGGAGCCCCUGUCCCAGCCCCAACCCAAGCAGUGCCGAGCCGUCGGGGGACUCCAGCGGGGACGAGAGCACCCCUGCAGCCCAGCUUCCUGACUGGAUGGCUCCAGGGGAGCAGGUGUGGGUGGGAAAGAGGAGGGGAACAGUACACUACGUUGGAGGGGUGGAGUUUGCGAAAGGGAUCUGGAUCGGCGUAAAACUGGACAUGGCUGUGGCCUCCACAUGGUGUGUCCUUUCCACAGGUAAGCACAACGGCACUGUCCAGGGCAGAGUGUACUUCCGCUGCCCCCCCGGCCACGGCGUGUUUGUGAAGCCAUCUCGUCUCACCAGAGGACCAACGUCCAUGGACACAGAAGCCCAGACGCUGAUCAGAUAGGAUCCAAAGAAGCACUGGUUCUCUAAGAAAAGCAGGGACCUGAGGGUGGUCUUUGGACCCAGUGCCUGACGGGUGGUCACGUCUCCUUCCUUAAAGAAUUUCUGACCUGUGCAUCGAAUGAAGGCCUUAUCCUAAAACCUAUUCACUGAGCAUUCACUAUGCACAUACCUGAGUUUUCUAAACAGCUAUUUUUUACGACUAGGGGUCGAUAUAAUAUUGCCCACAUACAUUUUCUUAAAUUGUUCUCGGAACAUGAAUAGGAUAUUUUUAUAUGACAAUGAAUCCUCUGCUGAGGCUCAUAGGGGCGAAAUCUGAGGUCUGAAGAUUAAGAAUGUACUACUGUCAAUAAACAUUGAUACUCACAUCAAUACGAUAUGUCAGGGGUAACCAAAGAACUGCGGUUCCACGUCUGCUGUUGUGGCUAAUAUGCUAUUUUUCUAAUUUGCGUAUGUGGACGUGUUCACUUUACAGUGUAGUAAAUCUAGGAGUAAGGCCACAUAUCGCGAACAGAGGACGCGGCUGAAACCUGGGCUGCUUUCAGUGUUUUACCGCAGUUUCCAUGUUAAAUUAUCUUGAAGUACUGUAACACUGUGGAGGAAAUAAUCACCACGCAGCACGAAACUGAUGCUGUUUGAAGGCUUGCACUGGAAUGGAUACUUGGAGAGGUCACUGACUGUCUUCCAUAACGGACUGAUGUCUGUUUGUUUUUUUUUGUUUUUUUUAUGUGAAUAUGCUGAUGCCAUAAUGUCCUGUUUUCACAAAGAAAGGCACAUAAAACCCCAGACUACUCGGUGGACCACAACGGGGUCACUGAGUUAUAUACAAUAGCAAACUAUGUGGACCUGAAACCUGUGUGUGUAUUAUAAUGUCCAGAGGCAUUUAAAUCAUUUUCCAUCCAGCCUCAAUGACUGAUUCAAUACCUUUAUAGCUGAUGGCCCUCCUGCAUUUUAUAUGUUAACUGUAUGAUGUAUAGCAUUUGUGUUUGAAGGUACUCAGUAACUGGGCACUGGAUGAAUGGGUGAUGGACAAUAUCAAAAUGGUGCAAAAGUAGUUUAGCUACAGGGAAAAGGUGUCAGAUGAACAGGGGUGAACUGUGGAAAUGAGUAGAAGUAGGUUUAUAUCCAAGCUCUUAGUUCAAGGAAAUGAAAGAAACCGAAGACCUUACUUUAAAGAAGAAAACAAAGCUGCUCUCCCCCAUAUGGAGUUGUAAAUAGAAAUGUAUUUGAACAUAGAAUUUACACUAUUAUAAUGUACAGAAUUGUAUUUAUAACGUAUCUCGAGCUGUUUUAAUUGGCACAAAUGUUCUAGAAUAGAACAUUUAUAAUGAA